CGUUUGACGGCAAGGACUACACAAAAUACCACUCGUUCAUCGAACUCUUUAGUGCAGUGAUAGAUAAUAAUUCUAAAUUAGCCGCAAUUCAAAAGCUUUUCUAUCUUAGAAAAUACUUAAAAGGUGAGCCAUUGUCAUUAAUCGAAGGAUUACCCGUCACCGGGGACUCAUAUGGAAAAGCUCUUGAAUUGUUGAGAAAUAGAUAUGACAAUAAGUUUCUUAUUAUCACUAACCAUGUACAAGAGCUGCUAGACUUCAAUCCACUAGUAAAGGGAGCGGCUACCAACUUAAGAGAGUUAGUGUCACAUGCUCGCCAGCACUUAGGUGCACUGAAAACAUUAGGACAACCGACCGACAGCUGGGACAUGAUAGUUUUACCCAUUUUGUUGCGAAAGGUCGACCAGUUUACUUGCAGAGCCUAUCAUUCGGAGCGUGACACCACAAAGCUGCCCCUACUGGAUGACUUCUUCGCUUUUGUGGAGCGGAGAGCUAGCAGCUUCGAGGAGAGCCAAAGAAGUGAAGGUAAGAGCAACAAUAAUAAUAACACUUACAAAACUAAAGUGUCAAACUAUGCAAGCAAAACUGCCACACAGUCGUGGUCUUGCAAAUAUUGUAGUGAGCAAACACAUAGAUUAUUCAAAUGUGACAAAUUUCUAGCCAUCUCACCAGAGGAAAGGCUCAAUUUCAUUUCACAAAAUAAUUUAUGCAAAAUAUGUUUCAAUUCUCACACAAAUAAAUGUAAAUUUCACUUCAAAUGUGAACAGUGCAAGGACAAAUCGCAUAAUACUCUCUUGCACUGCAAUGAAAAAGUAUCAAUGCACAGUAAUUCUAAUGUUAGCACAAUAUUGCUGCCCACCAUCAAGGCCAAAGUGCUCUGCCGGGAUGGCAAAUCACACAAAGUAGUCCGGGGACUAGUUGACAGUGGCAGCCAAGUGUCAUUUAUGACAGCUGACUUAGCAAAAGCAUUGCAAUUACCGCUAAUUGAUAGCAAUUUAAAUAUCACAGCCUUGGGGAAACAAAACAAAACAACCUCAAAAGCUGUCAAUGCUGAAUUUGUGUCACUUCAAAAUAAUUAUAAGUGCCAAGUUAAUUGUUCCAUAGUGGACCAAAUUACAACCAAGCUGCCACAGCAACAAGUAAGCUGGCAAAAUAUACAGCUGCCAGACUCUGUGGUGCUUGCAGAUAGUGACUUUGACACUCCGGGAGACAUUUCAUUUCUGCUGUCAGCGGACAUAUUCUUCCAAAUAUUGCUGCCUCGCAAAAUCAAGCUGCAAAAUAGUAAUUUGUAUCUUAUUGAUACCCAGUUUGGUUCAAUAUUGUCAGGUGAAGUAAACAAUAACAGUCACCUAUGGACUCAAGAGCUCAAGCUACCUGGCCACCAGAUGUCUCCAGGAGUUAGCAGACCGGUUUGGGAGCAAUAUGCCGCUGGCUGCUGAGGUCAUCCGGACAGCUAUGUACGUUGACGAUGCUCUUUUUGGAGCACAGACCAUCGAUGAAGCUCUUGAGGUUUAAGGCUCAAGCAGCCAGCCAGUUUAUGGGAUCCCUGCCCUCCGAUCGCGUCACCGAGAGCCACCCGUUCGACAAAGUUGGAAUCGACUUCUGUGGUCCGUUUCAAGUAAAACAAUCGGGCAUGCGGAGGGCCGUUGUCACCAAAGGCUACACACUGGUAAUUGUUUGCUUCGCCACUAAGGCUGUCCACCUUGAGCUAGUUUCAGACAUGACAACUCAAACAUUCUUAGCAGCCUUAAAAAGAUUCAUUGGCAGACGCGGUAUUCCCGCCAUUAUUAAUUGCGAUAAUGCACAAACGUUUAAAGGAGCCGACAACGUGCUCCACGACUUGUAUAAAUUAGUCAAUUCCAAAAAGCAUCAAUCUCAAGUGAGUGUGGCUGCUGUAGAGAAAGGAAUAACCUUUCGCUACAUCCCCUCCUACUCCCCCAACCACGGAGGCCUCUGGGAGGCCGCCGUUAAGAGUUUUAAGUUCCAUUUCAAAAGAGUGGUGGGGGAGAAUAAAUUCACGUACGAAGAAUUGACCACUAUUUUAUCCGAAAUAGAGGGUAUCCUGAAUUCCAGGCCCCUCACGCCGCUUUCAAGCGACCCUGCAGACCUAACAGCCCUAACCCCAGGACACUUCCUGACUGGUCGUCCACUCAUAUGUAUCCCUGAGCCGGAUCUAACCGAUAUCCCUCUAAAUAGACUAAGAUUCUGGAGGCGCUGUACUCAGGUCAAGCAACAUUUUUGGAAAGCCUGGUACAGCCAAUAUUUAUCGCAGCUAAAUGUUAGAAACAAGUGGAGCAAACAGUUACCAGAUGUGGAAGAAGGCAGUUUAGUUUUACUAAAAGGAGACAACGUUCCCCCGCUGCAGUGGCCCAUGGCGCGAGUGACGCGGGUGUUUCGGGGAAGCGAUGGGAGGGUAAGGGUCGCGGAGCUCAAAACCGCUACUGGUCUAACCCGUAGGUCUAUUAAUAAAAUGUGUAUCCUUCCCAUAGAUUAUUAAGUAACAAGCCAUUUUAAAACUGUUAAAUAAUUUUUAACCAUAGGUUUUUAAGCAAAUGUUAACUUGUAGUUAUGACAUGCGAAUUUUAUUAAAUAUUUAUGGCAAUUUUGAGUCUGUAAACUGUGAUAACUAAGUAGUAAUAUGUAUAGGGUGUUACUUAAACUUAAGAAUAAAGAUUUAAUUAAGAUAUAACUUCAAUUGUAUCAUGCAAGUCAUUACUAAUGUAACUUCAUGACUAUUACUGUAACUGCAUAACUAUUAACGUAACUGCAUAACUAUUAAUGUAACUGCAUAGCUAUUUUUGUAACCUUUUGCCCGGGAGAAUGUCCACAUCCGUAGAUGUAAACACGGCUUAAUUUCAUACUGAAUGUGUCUAAUGUGUCUAUGCCUUAUUUUUAUGGUUAAUGUUGGCAACACUAAAUUUUAUAUCUCUCUUCCUCAUCACACUCUCACCAACUCGUACUGGUUUUUGUAAAUAUUGUGUUUUUAUAAAUAAAAGUCAAGAUUAAAGUACAAAAUCUUG